GAGUUAAAUGCAAAGUGAAAAGGUGGAGUACGCGGCCCGGAUGCAACUCUCUUUUGCUCCAGAGCCAAGACACCUGAAGGGAUGCAGUCCCAGAAAAUGAGAUACUACCACUGCGCGUGGGAACAGAGUGACUGACCCACCUUUGGCGCUCACUUCUUCCUGCUUGGCAGUUGCGGUGGUGUUUUUAAGCACAGAAGAACUAAAUAUCCAACCGCAACAUUUUUUGUUUCAAAAGAGGGACGCCAAGUGUCCCCUUUCCCGCUCCUCCAGCGAUGCCCCCACAGGAGCUACUGGAUUACUCGCCCGCCACCUUGAGAAGAUGCAGCACCCCCAGCAGAGGCAGCGGCUCCGAGCUGGGCAUCAAGUGCGUCCUCAUAGGAGAUGGGGCAGUCGGCAAGACCAGCCUCAUUGUCAGCUACACAACCAACGGAUACCCAGACCAGUACCAGCCCACUGCGCUGGACACCUUCUCAGUGCAGGUCCUGGUAGAUGGGGCACCACUUCGUAUCCAACUGUGGGACACUGCAGGACAGGAAGACUUUGAUUGCCUCCGUUCGCUCUGUUACCCUGACACAGAUGUCUUCCUGGUCUGCUUCAGCGUUGUAAACCCCACAUCCUUCCAGAACAUUAUGGAGAAAUGGAUCCCUGAAAUACGGACACACAAUCCCCAGACUCCCGUGGUGCUGGUGGGAACACAGUCAGAUCUGCGGGACGACGUCAAUGUGUUGAUCAAUCUGGACCACUAUCAUGCCGGGCCUGUGCCGAGAACUCAGGCCGAAGGCCUGGCUGAGAAAAUCCGGGCUCAGACUUACAUUGAGUGCUCUGCUCUGACUCAAAAGAACCUGAAGGAGGUUUUUGACACAGCCAUCAUCAGCGCAGUUGAGCACAAGGCCCAACAGGAAAAGAAAAUGACAGCCAAAGGAAUAAAAACCCUCUCCAAGUGCCGGUGGAAGAAGUUCUUCUGUUUUGUCUGAAGCUGGUUUGGGAAUGAAGAGGCCUAGAGGUCGGGAUUGGACUUUGCACUUUCUGCCACAGAGGGCCAAGUGGCCAACUGGAUGAAAAUGUGGCUCCAACAAGGAGAGUGUCGUGAGCCAAGGGGACCUGGAGCCCCCAGGAUUUGCUGGGUUGGGAUAGAACUUUCCUGGAAGACAGGAAGUGGACUUGUGUAGUAGUGCCAGGAUACCAAAUGGCUCAUGCAAUAUUAAUAGAAUUGGGGUGGUUUGAAGCGUCAUGUACUGAGUUCAGUAUUAAAAGAACAGCCAAGCCUGUCAUUUUAGGUACCCAGGCAGCAUGGGCAGUUUCCAGAACCUCCUCACAGCAUCUUAUUUAAAGCCAGGAGAAGCCGAUGCAGUGGGGUGGUGCUC